UCUUAAAUCUUGAAUCUUGAAUCUUGAUAUUCAAUAGAGCCUUGGAAUGAAAGAUGAAAGCUGUAGCCGUUUUGUAGUUCAAAUGUACAUAUGAAUCAAUGACUCGAGGCACUUGGUAUACUUUAAUGAUAUGGAAUGGUUUAUAAGCAAGAGUAAGAGGAAAUAUCCAAUCAACGAUGAGCAAAAAGAAAUUAAACCGUACAUGGAAAAGAAAAUUUAUGAGAAUCUUAAUUUAACAAAAGAGGAAAUAAAAGAAAUUGUUGUUCUUCCUGCUGGCAUGGAUAUAAAUGAAUGGCUAGCUACACACACACUAACGCUGUUCAACAGCAUCAAUCACAUUUAUGGAGCAAUUACGGAGUUUUGCACCGCAACCACAUGCCCAACGAUGACUGCUGGCACAGUCAUGUACAGUUGGUACGGACGCAAGGGCAAAAUAUCGGCACCCCAAUAUAUUGAUCUAGUGAUGACACAUAUACAAAAACAUGUUGAAGAUGAAUCCUGUUUUCCGUCAAAAUAUGGCUCGAAAUUUCCCGCCAGUUUUGGCACGUCAGUAAAAAAAUUCAUCAAGCUGUUGCUACAUGUUCUUGGACAUUUAUACUACAGUCAUAUCGCGGAUGUCAGUGAAUUGCAGCUUAAUCCAUAUCUAAAUACUGUUUUUAUUCAUUUAAUGUAUUUUGACAACAGAUUUUCGUUACUAGAAGCAAAAGACACCGUGCCUUUAGACGAUUUAGCCCAAGCUAUGAAUCUUAAUCUUGAUCCGAUACAGAGUUAGAAAACAAAUAAUAUAUAUACAUAUAUAAAU